UGGCGUCUCGCAUUCCUGGCCCCACCUGGCGGCCUCAGCGGGCCCCACCUGCUAGCGAUUACCUCUCGCGCAGCCACCCCGUCUCACAACGCGAGUAGAGAGGGAGGGGGCGAGCACGCCGCCCGCCGCCUGCGUCGUCCAUCGCCGCCUUCGGAGAAGGAGGAGGCCGGACCUAUGGCGGGCCGCGACGGAUUCGAGGACGACGACUUCAACCUCCCUUUGUCGUCGCCACCGCGUCGUCCGUCGCUGCCGCCGGAGAAGGAGGAGGCCGGACCCGGACCCAUGGCUGGCCGCGACGGAUUCGAGGACGACGACGUCAACCGCCUGCAGUCGCCGCCACCGCGUCGUCCAUCGCCGCCUUCGAAGAAGGAGGAGGCCGGACCCAUGGCGGGCCAAGACGGAUUCGAGGACGGCGACGUCAACCGCCCACAUUCGUCGCCCCCGCGACGUCCAUGGCCGCUGUCGGAGAAGGAGGAGGCCGGACCCAUGGCGGGCCGCAACGACUUCGAGGACGACGACGUCAACCCCUUCGCCGGAGGAAGCGUUCCCCCUGCCCCCAGUUCUCGGCUCUCACCUCUCUCCCACGAGCCAGCGGGUUUUUAUAAUGUGGACAUUCCUAUGGAUUCAACUAAGAUUCCUUCGUGGACAGAGUCAGCAGGCGGCGGGGCAACCGAAGUUCGUCUCUACAAGAGAUCAUCCUAUGGAUCGGCGCUGAUUCAAAUAGCAGCUCUUGCCCCUGUUGCACCACCCCGAGCUGUGGAGGGCGGCUCCGAUGACCCCGACCAAGAGUUCGCCGGCGAGCCUGCUUUGUAUCUGGCAGUGGUCCAAGACGGCCACACCAUCGACAUCGCGCGGCUGCUAUUCCACGGCGGCGAGCCUGCGCUGGAAGUGGACAUGGCCGAGGACUACUAUGCAGCGGCGGAAUUCAGUUCCAGCGAAGGCGACCAGUCCCUCCCCCUCGACGACUAUGGGAUGGUGAAAUCCAGCUCCAGCGAAGAUGACUGGGCCCUCCCAUCACUAGGUGGUGCUAUGUCCUUUUUGGGAAGGCUGGGGUGCAAGGAGUACUCGGGGAUUGGGGAUGGGGACUGGGACUGGGACAGGGAUGAGGAUGAUGAGGAUGAGGACGAGGAUAUGGAUGCGGAUGAGGAAAAGGAUGAGACUGGGAAUGUGGAUGGGGUGGAUGUGGAUGUAGCAGUUUCUGGAGGUUAUGAUAGUGGAGGUGAUUGCAAGGAGGGUGAUGGAGAGGAGGAGGAACAUGGGGAUACUCACCAAGAUACAAUUAAGCUUCGAGUUUGGCCAGCACAGAAGCACCUGCUGCUUAAAUUUUUUAGUGGCAAGCAAUGGAAAUUAACAAAAGCCUAUCGUAUAAUCUGGCUAAACCGUGAUGAACUGGAAGAGCUCUGCAAAUUCUCUUUCAAAAUUGAUGCUACUGCUCCUGAUCCUUUUUCUACAAGCAGCGUUUUCAGAAAUGUGAACAGUUCAAUUGAUUUUGAAACGAACAAUGUUCCUUCUGCAAUUUUUGAUGAUUUUGUAGCUUUUUUGAAACCGUCAAUCAACACUUUCAAAGUCUGUAAAGAACUUGGCGAAGGCAAUGAUUGCAAGAUUUUUAAGUGCCUUGUUUCGGGUAGUAAAUGUGCUGUUAAGUGUAUCCCUUUGCAUCCAUCUUGCAUCGAAGAGCCUAGGGAGGUUAAUAUCAUUUCAAGUUUAAGGAAUGGGCGCAUUAUGAUGCUUUAUCAGUCCUGGAUAGAGCCAUGGAACUACAAAAGGCAUCCUCGACAAGAAGAUUACCUGUUUCUCCAUCUAGAGCUCUGCUCAAGCACAUUGGCGAAUGCACUUUUGCCUGAAAAGUUUGACACAAUUCCGGAUAGGUGGAAACUUUUCGAAGAGAUAGUAAGAGGUGUCGAAACACUGCAUAAUGAAUUUAUUGUGCACCGGGAUCUCAAGCCAGAUAACAUAUUUCCUGGCCAUGAUCAUGAAGUCCGAAUUGGAGACUUCGGAGAUGCCUGUUGUGGCCAAGAUGAAUUCGGAAAAUAUGGUGGUACGCCUAACUGCGGGACAAAAAGUUAUUUGGCGCCAGAGCUAGACAGUGGUGAGAAGAUAACCGAGAAGGUAUGUGUUUGAUUUUUAUUAGUUGUUGCCAACUCGGUUAAUUAUAUGACCGAGGUCCACUUUCGUUGUUACAUGCCAUCUUCCCUUUCCGUUUGCUAGGUUUAUUUUCGCAGCAUGUCUGUUUUUUCUGUGCCUCAGCCGGUUUCCUCAGUAGCUCCUCUCUUGGAUCUUUGUUUUUUUGUUGCCUUCUGGGUUAUAUCGGCAGCUUCUCUUUUGGUUUGUAAUGUGUUAUAACGUGGUAGGCUGAUAGGUUAGAUCACCCCUGGACAGAUGAGGUGUGGCACCCAGGAAAAGGAGGCUGCCACACAACAAGAGCAGGGGAAAAACUGGAAGGAUAAUUGGGAUUAUUUUUCUGCUUCUCUAUUGAUUGAUAUUGCUAGGCAUUAUAUAGCUCGCUUACAAACUUGGACGCCUAGCUGAACUAACAAACUUUAGAAAAUAACUAACUUGAGAAUCAAAAAAUAUCUCUAAGAUUUAAACUACCAAGGAUAACUAGGGAUACUUAUCCCCUUUAGUUUCAGCUGUGACCUCCUUGGUGGCCUUAUGUGGUUCCUGGUAGUUAUGUCCUAGACAUAACAUCUCUCUCCCUUUUUGAACACUUGAUCCUCGAGCUGGACUAAGGACUGCUGCUAGCCCCUUGCAGCCUCCAUAGAAACGUCUUCCUUGCAGUCAUCUGCACCUGGAUCAAUCUCCAGGACGAAGUGCUUUUGCAGCAGUGGCCAGCCAUGAAUUUCUCAUUGGAGUUGUAACAUCGGCCUUCUUCAUGCCGCAUUGCCAUCACUGCCGGUGUUAGCGUAUGUCGUGAGUGGGCUGCUGGAGAUGCCACUAUUGCAGGUCCUGGAGGUAGUGCUGCUGGAAUUGCAGGUGCAGGUGGUGCUCCGAGGUCUGGGAAUUGCUGGUGGACACCUGAGCGUCCAAUGUGCAUGUCGCUAGCUAGUGGACUUGCAAUAGGAAGCAGUAUCCAGGAGAUGCACGGUAGUGGACUUGUAGUUCAUGGCAACAUCAGCAACAAUUAAUUGUGAUUUAUACUCCAAGGCUUUUUUUCCAGAGGACCAGGGAGUCUCUCCCCAGUUCCAUUGCAACACAAUAAAACCAUACCUUGUCCAACUAAAACAGCUGAAAAAUAGUCUAGGAUUAGUGCCAGGAGUUCAGAACAGAAGGAAAAUGCAUAAAAACUUGCGAGAAUAUGAAAUAUGUUCGCACAGGUGCCCAUAAACUAGAAAGCAGACAUGGCACAAGCACAAGUGCACAGGAGCCCAUUAUCUCCAGGUGCACUGUGUGAUGGCGCAUUCUUGCCUGCGUGCAUCACCCACGGUGAAUCAUCGUGGUUAGGCCGAGCGGUCAUCAUAGGAUAUUUACCAGAUAUGCUAUAAAGCAAUCAUGCAGCUGCCGCCAGUCUCUUAAGUAGCAGAGGACCUUUCGCCACACGUGGUUAACAUUGAUCGCCACACGUGGUUAACAUUGAUCAAGCGAUCUUUUUUGUCAAACACCAAAUCAUUAAGACGGUUCCAUAGCCCCCAAAGGAUACAUCUGUAGCAUAGCUGUUUACCAGUAUCAUCUGCAGCUAACUUGUGGUUUCACCUUGCUAGAGCUUUGGCUAUUAACAUGCUUUCCUCCGAUUGCUGCUGUUGGUUUGCUUGGUUUUGAGGGGGACACAUUUUGCAUUUUUGUCGUUGUUUCUUCUUGCCAUUUGCUUCUUUAUCUUUUCUUUUCUUUCCAUUUUUACUCCUUUCUUUGUGCUUUUCUCUGUUUCUUGCUGACAUGAGACAGCUGUUUCGCCUUCAACUUGCUUGAACCCUUGCUGUCUUACUCACCUUAUUUGCUGUGUUGUCGUCCGUGCUUGCCGUUGAUUUCUGCUCAUUCAGUUUCUUGCACUUCUGCGUUAUGCUUGGUAAAACACUGAAUAUUUGUGGUUAUUUUUUGGC